UUUCUCCGUUGGUACCACAGAGAGAGAGAGAGAGGGAGAUGGAAGCGCCAUCAGUGACUCCAAUGAUCUUGUGGAACGAAAGCCAACAGAAGUUUGAGACAGAGGACAAGAAGGCUUACCUACAAUACGAACUUAGGAAUGGUGGGAAAGUGAUGGACAUCGUUCACACUUUUGUUCCGUCUAGCAAAAGAGGACUAGGUCUGGCCUCUCAUCUCUGCGUUUCAGCCUUCAAUCACGCGAAAGCCAACUCCAUGUCCGUAAUUCCGACUUGCUCUUAUGUCUCUGACACAUUUCUUCCUCGGAAUCCUUCAUUGAAUUCUGUUGUACAAACAAAGGAUAUAUUAUGAAUCUUUUGGUCGAUUAUCCAGAACGAAUAUGGACCUGCAGACUGUUGUAAUCAUAGCUGGAAGCUU